AUGUGCUAUAAUUUUGAUCAUAAAGUUGUUAUUAUUACAGGGGGCCUUUCUGGUAUUGGUUUAGCAACAGCCAUCAAGCUUCUCCAUUUAGGUGCGAAAAUUGUCAUUGGCGACUUGCAAGGGUCCGAAAGCUACGAUAACACAUUACAAGAACUUAAAUCAAAAGGAGCUUCUGAGAAAAAUGUUCACUACGUUCAAAUUGAUUCUGCUAAACAUGAGGAUAAUAAAUUACUAGUAGAUUCUGCUAUAUCAAGAUUUGGUGACUUGCAUUAUGUAUUUGCAAAUGCUGGCGUGGGCGGAAAUUCUUUUGCUCAUGAAUUAGAAAUAGAUGAAUGGCAAAAGGUUAUUGAUAUCAAUUUGACUGGUGUUUUCUCCUUGAAUAAACUAGCCAUUAGUUAUUGGUUAGAUAAUAAUAAAAAAGGAGCCAUUGUUAAUACGGGGUCUAUUAUGAGUUUUGUUGGGAAUAAAGGAUCAGCACAUUAUUGUGCUUCUAAAGGGGCAGUUAAGUUAUUAACUCAGACUCUCGCGUUAGAAUAUAUUUCCAAAGGUAUUAGAAUUAAUUCCGUUAAUCCUGGUUAUUUGAUAACCCCCAUGUUAAAAUCUGUGCCUCUUGAAGAACGAAAUGCUAUAACUAAUUUACACCCAAUUGGUAGACUAGGCGAGGCUAGUGAAGUUGCAAAUGCUGUGGCAUUUUUAUUAUCAGAUGAAGCAUCCUUCAUAAAUGGAACUUCUUUGCUUGUUGAUGGUGGCUACACUGCACAAUAG